AUGCCUUCCACACUCGCUGCCCUGCUCUGCCUCGGGCUGUGUCUGAGCCAGAUGACCAGUUCCACGAAGCAUACUCUCUUGAAACCCAUCAUUUGGGCCAAACCCAGUUUCAUCAUUGCCAAGGGAAGGCCGGUGACCAUCUGGUGCCAGGGGUUUCCUGAGGCUGUGGAGUAUCACUUGCUUUUCAAGGAACAACUUUUUGCCUUGAAGAGACCGAAAUCAUGUGACAAGGUCACCUUCUCCAUCCCGGCCAUGACACUACACCAUGCAGGGCCUUACCGAUGCAUCUAUCUGAGCGGGGAGCACUGGUCACAGCUAAGCGAACCCCUGGAUCUGAUCAUGACUGGNAUGUAUGACACGCCUACGCUCUCCGUGCAGCCCAGAGCUCAGGUGACCUCAGGAGAGAAUGUGACCUUCCACUGUCAUCUGGAGUCUGCCACAAACACAUUCUUUCUGCUCAAGGAGGGAAGAGCAAAUCCCCUGCAGCAAACCUACGGGAAAAACGGAGCCGACUUCUCCCUGAGCCCUGUGACACCCGCUCACAGAGGCACUUACAGAUGCUUUGGCUCUUACAACAACUUUGCCUGGUCUUUCCCCAGUGAGCCCAUGAAGCUCUUUGUCGCAGGAUCGAUGGAAAACACCAGUCCUGUGCCGACAGAGACCACCUUUAGUGAUGAAAAAGAUUUGCGGGACCUCUGCCCUUCCACCACAGAGACAAGAUUACAUAAAGAAUUUGCAUCCUGGGACCUCACUGCCCAGAAUCUCUUUCGAAUUGGAAUAGCCGUUCUCAUCCUCAUGGCCAUGGUCGGGCUGCUGGUUAAGAGCUGGUGCAGCAGGAAGAAGACUCAAGCACAACUCACUGAGGUUUCAAGUGGGAUCCUAGGAGAAGGUCCAGAGCACAAAGACCACUCAACAAGAGGCAGUGGCCACAGAUAG